AUGGAGCCGAAUUUCCCGUUCGAGAUCGCCGAGGCGACGAGCAGCCACGAGGCUGAGAUUAUCGACUUUUUGCUCAGUGAUCUUAUCCAUAAAGGUGUCACCUCAAAGCAAAGUCUAGUGAUUCGAGAUGCGAAUGGAAAACUAAUCGCCACACAAAUCGCCUCAAUUCUUGAAAGACAAGCAAACGAUCAAGAGAACAACAAUUCCCAAGACCAAAUCAAGCUCGAGGGUGAGAUUCGAAAAAUCGCUGGCCUUUUGGAGAAGCUGGAUGAACAGAUUUGGACUACAGUACCCUUGGAAGUGACUCGUCUCUUUUACAUCAUGAUCAUCUCAGUGUCAUCGCAUUUUGGAAGAAGGGGAAUCGCGAAUCGUUUGAUGGCCAACGCCGUACAACAGGCGCAAAACACUGGAUGCCAUGGGAUUUUAGCCGAAGCCACUGCUUACAAUUCACAAAAGCUCUUUGAGAAGUGCGGCUUCACUGUGCUCUACGAGGUGAAACACAGCGAUUACUUGGAUGAAACGGGGAAAAGGAUAAUCCAUUGCCGAGAUCAAACCGACUCUGCGCAACUUGUCUUCAAAAAAGUU